CUGCUCAGUGCGAUAACAAAGCGGCGUUUUGGUGUCGAUCAAGAAUCUCACGGAGAGUCAGCUGAGGAAAUUAGCCGAAACUGCCAAGGCACGAGGCCUGGAUCUUAGAUACCAUAACUUUAGCGCAAUUUCCAAAAAUGAAAUUACGAAAUCCAGCCCAAUGAGACUUCUUUGUUGCAUUGAACACGACCAACGACGACGACGACAUCCACUUGAAUUAUACCACAACACUUGACGAACAACGAACAUAGCAGUCACGACGAACAACGCAACUCUCUGCACAUCAUCCGUUCUCAAAGCGCAACAUCCAUGUCUGAAAUAUACGGCUUGGACUACGACAAAGCUUUCCUUGAUUCACUUCCAACAGCAGGACAUCCUGUGAACAACGCAUCGUCCUUGCCGUCUUCAAUCAACGCCGGAGAAAUGAUGAGCUCGCGUCUGGCACCAGCCAUUCAUACGCUCACCGUGUCCCAGUUCAAAGAUCUUCACUAUCAGCAUAUUCUCUCCCAUCCUCCCGAUUCAGUUCUUUUCCCAUUUUUACAUGGCAUAGAAGGCGAUAACGAAGCGCAAAACUUAUUUUUUGCCACUCAGGGUCAGCAGGCUGUUGUAUACAAUAGGCGCGACGACAACGAACCGUCAAUACACCCCCAAGUUAAUCGCGGACGAGUUCCAAAGUAUCGAGGCAUGAUGUGGGUUAUAUGCGAGGACGACCUGGAGAAUCCUGACAAGGACCUCAGAAUUCUUGUCCAUCGACCAAGUAACCUAUCGUCAUACGCACCUUCGGAACAUUACGACGAUUCGUCUGACUCUUAUUUUGACGACGAGGAUGAGCUCGACGACAACUUCGAUGACUCUUCUUCCGACUCGUUUGGUGAGCUAAUGUCUCCGGACUCAACUACUCCAUACACCAAGGAGCCUGUUGUGCGUCCAGUAUCCGCAUCACAAAUGGACCUCGACAUACAGUACAACGAUAGCAGUGACGACGUUGAUGACCUUCAUCACAAUCCUGGCGUCGUGGAAAUCGUUGAGAUUGGCGCAGACGAUAAGCAUAUGCAUCCUGUACAGCACCGGGCUCUUCAUCCUCUGCCUACUCCCAUUCGUACUACCGACCUUCCUAACUCCCAUCAUAGUAAAUCUCCUACCACCACCACCACGACUGCAUCCGGGUUCUCCUCUAGUCCUCUUACGGAUAAUGGCACGGAACCUUCCACAGCUCUGACGGAACCUGAGUCUGACGAUAGGUGUCACUCCCUUUCUCCUUCUUCUCAUGAACAAACUGAGAGGCAUUCUUCACCUCCUCGCAUUCUUGGCUCUCGCCAUCUUAAACAUACCUCUUCAUCUUUUCGUAAAACUCCACCUCCACCUCCACCUCCGAUCCUAACCUCGACAUUUCGUGCUUGUGAUCUUCUCAGACCAGUUCGUGGAUCCGAAACUUCCCCACACUCAAAACCACAGGAAUACACGAGGAGUGGUGCCAACCAUGCUGCUGGCGGAGCCCAAACUGAAGCCGACUGUGCAAACGAUCAGAAGAAACUUAGUCAAGAGGAUGAUGACGGGGAAUGGGAGUUUGUGCCGCUGCAUGUACCAGAGGGAAUUUCUCUGAGGAAUUUUGGUAUACAAGUGGUAAGCUUACUACAUGCUAUCUUUUCGAAAUUGAAAGGCUAAUCGAACGAGUUCACUUCGUAAUAUAGCCUAUAUUAGCUUCCGUUUCGGACAUCAUAAUAUACUCCCCAAACGCCACCGGCGCAGCCCAGUCGGCUAAUGCCCUUAGGUUAGCCAGGCGAUUCAAGCAAGCUGUGGAGAGGAAGAGAAGAGAAAGAG